AUGGCCUGCUUCGAGGCCUAUGCUAGGCGAUUCCGCUUCUACCUAGCCUUCGAGAAUAGUAGAUGCCGAUGGUACAUCACUGAGAAGCUCUGGAAGGUAUACAAGUGGCAGAUUAAGGGGAUACCCUUAGUGCCAAUAGUACUUGGGGCUCCGAAGGGCGACUACGAGAAGCUGGCCCCGCCUGGCAGCUUCAUACACGUGGAUGAUUUCGAGAGUCCCAAAGCACUUGCCGGGUAUCUCCACUACUUGAUGGGAAACCACAGUGCAUUCGCAGAAUAUUUAGACUGGAUUAAGUCGUACAGGAUCCUUGGGCAAUACUAUACUGACUGUCUCCUAUGUAACGCUAUGAAUAAUGUCACCGCUAGGAAGGCGGCUACGAUCCGAGGCAGCGCAUACACUGAUCUGCAUGCAUGGAGUACUCGUGGACAGUGUCAAGCAUCCAAGCCCUUGCGGUGA